AUGCGUAAGCUUAAAGAUAAACCAGAUUUGUCAUUCGAAAACUUUUUGGCUGACCUUGAAAGGCUGCCAAAAGAUGGAUUUAUUAACAAUUUUAAUGCUGAAAUGUUCUCCAUGAUGAAGAGCAACAUGGACAUUCAAUUAGUUAUUGAGCCUUAUGGUUGUUGCAUCUACAUAGUCAACUAUAUCAAUAAGUCCCAAAGAGGUGUAUCUGAUAUUUUAAUGAAGACUAUGGAAGAAAUUAAAAAAGAAAUAAUGAGACAGAGUGAAGAUAAGUCUUUUGCAGUUGCCCUCAAUAAUAUGGCGUUUGGUAAAAUGACCGACGAAGAUGUGCAAUUGAUCAAGUCCAGGGAAGUCGACAGUAUUGACCAAAUUCCUGAAGACACUAUGCAUUUAUUUUCCACCAAUGCAGAAGUAGAUGCAUUCAAUGAAAUGAAACUGUCUACAUUUAAAACCGAGCGAGCCGUAAGUCAAGCCAGAGACGUAAUCAAAGGGAGUUGCUCAGAACGACCAAAACAUUUAUUUCUGGAACACGCAAAAAGCUUAAAAAAGGGGGAGAGUUUUGGCCUAAUGUUAAAUUUAAUAUUGCAGGUAGAUGCCAAAUAUAUGAUUUCAAUGAAUGUGGACACCAGUGAUGGAAUAGUCAAUGGUGCAACAGGCAUCCUACGUCAAAUAGACUAUGACCGAAAUAAAAUUCCAUUCAGAGUGUGGAUGGAGUUCUUCGAUUCCAAGUCAGGCCAGGAAUGCCGCAAGAGAAACGAAUCUCUUAAGAAGUCUAUGGGUGUGUUAUACACUCGGACGCCCAUAGAAAAAGCUGCAAGAGCUAUUAAAGUUCAAAAAGGCAGCAAUGUUCACGUUGAGCGUCUUCAGUUUCCUCUUGUAAUCAGUGAAGAAAUUACAAUCCACAAGAGUCAAGUUUCUUCCAUUAAGGAAGGAACCAGUUUCUUUGUUGCCGCUAAGAUUCCAACUUCAUCUCGCACAGUCGCAAUAAAGCAUUUGGAUACUAAAACAGAUCUAAAAAGUGUACACGAGUAG